UAUUCAGAUCCACUUACUGUUACAGUUUGUAUUUGCAGGCUCAGUGCCAGACCAGGAGUUGGAGGUGUCCGAUCUCGAGUUGGAAUCCAGCAGAACCUUCUCAGCCAGCCAGCACGCACAGCCACCUUCCAGCAGAGAUUUGAUGCCCGGCAGAAGAUAGGCCUCUCAGAUGCCAGGCUCAAGCUGGGAGUCAAAGAUGCUCGGGAGAAACUUUUGCAGAAAGAUGCACGGUUUCGGAUCAAAGGGAAAGUGCAGGAUGCCAGAGAGAUGCUGAACUCUCGCAAGCAGCAGAGCACGGUGCCACAAAAGCCUCGCCAAGUGGCUGAUGCCCGGGAGAAGAUUAGCUUGAGGAGGAGUUCUCCUGAUGCCUUCACAAGCCCACCCAUUGGGACAGUGACGCCUGCUCUGAAGCUCACCAAAACCAUCCAGGUUCCACAGCAGAAGGCCAUGGUGCCACUUCAUGCCCAUCCAGCUGGAAUGAGGAUCAAUGUUGUCAAUAACCACCAGGCCAAACAGAAUUUAUAUGACCUGGAUGAAGAUGAUGAUGUCAUAGCACCCGUUCCUACUAAGCAGAUGAAGUUUUCACCCUCCAGCAGCUUUCACCACCACAUGGCCGGGCUGAGCAGUUCCAAGCUCUCCUUGUCCAAGGCCCUCCCUCUCACCAAAGUGGUUCAAAAUGAUGCCUACACUGCUCCUGCUUUACCCUCCACUAUUCGAACAAAAGCCUUGGCCAACAUGUCCCGGACACUGGUGAACAAGGAAGAACCCCCCAAAGAGCUGCCACCUGCCGAGCCUGUUCUCAGCCCCUUGGAAGGCACCAAGAUGACUGUGAAUAAUCUGCAUCCUCGAGUCACAGAGGAGGACAUCGUUGAGCUUUUCUGUGUGUGUGGAGCCCUCAAGCGGGCUCGGCUGGUGCAUCCUGGGGUAGCAGAGGUGGUCUUUGUGAAGAAGGAUGACGCCAUCACUGCUUAUAAGAAGUACAACAACCGGUGUCUGGACGGGCAGCCGAUGAAGUGCAACCUUCACAUGAAUGGGAACGUGAUCACCUCAGACCAGCCCAUCCUGCUGCGGCUGAGUGACAGUCCCUCAGUGAAAAAGGAGAGCGAGCUGCCACGAAGGGUGAAUUCCGCCUCUUCUUCCAACCCUCCUGCCGAGGUGGACCCUGACACCAUCCUGAAGGCGCUCUUCAAGUCAUCAGGGGCCUCUGUGACCACACAGCCCACAGAAUUCAAAAUCAAACUUUGAGCAGGAAAGUGAGGCAGCCAGAAGUGGGGCAGAGGAGGGUGGCUCUGUUUUCCCAAGGCAACACUUGUGACCAAUGGGCCGUCGGACUGAAGCCCCCUGAGCGUCGGAAGGGUCGCCAGGGGUGGAGCUUCCUCACUGGACGGGACCCACCUUUCUGUGUUGUGUCUCCCCUGUGCUCUUCUGUAUGUUAACAUUUCCCGUAGUGUGUUCCUCUGCCCUCCACCUCAUCACCAUGGUAGGCCUGUGUAUCUGAGUGUACCUCCCUCCACCCUCGGCCCCACGCUGAUUCCUUACCUGGAAUGGUGCACUAAGUUUCCCCGGUGGGCUUUCUUAAGGCCCCUUGGGAUACAGGACAGGGCUGUUUGAAAGACACUGCUUUUUCCAGGGGCUGAGGGAUUGCCUUCCCUUUCUGUUUUUUCAAACUUUUCAAAUAAAGUAGGGAAUGGGAACUCUUCCUUUGCCAAUGGAAGCCAGGUCAACUUGAGAGCAGUGCUGCUUACCCACAGACCAGUGGAGAUGUUCUAGGGGAAUCGGGUCCCGGGCCUCUUUGUCUUUAGGCCUGACUGCUUGUCGACAGAGGGCUCUGUGGCAAGGGCAGGCUGAGGCUGUUGCUCUGCUAGGAACAGUGCCACCCAGCUCUCGGUUUUGAGGACCUGCACUGUCUCAGGCAACCUAAAUUUCCAGAAUCCAUGUUUCCUUUUUCUGUGAGGGGGUCCAGAUGCCCCACCCCAGUUCAGAGCCUUCUGGGAGGGGCUUGCAUUGUUAGCCCUCCCAUUUCUCACCUGGCUUGGUGUUUGUCCCAUCCUUGUUUGGGUGCAAGUGCCAGCUGUUAGCUAGUGGGCCUUUCAAAGGCUCUGCUUCCUGUUCUGUAGUACUGAGGGUUGGGGGGUUAUUUGAAUGGGAGAUGUUGGCUUGCUCGUGGCUCUUCCUUUCUGUCCUCACUUGUCUAUAGGACAACAUCAUGGAUGCCAGGUGUAUAUAUCCAGCUGCCACAAGGGGCAUUGUCCCCACUGCCGUGGGGAUGUGCCCAGCCAUGACCAGAGGGGUAUUUUCCUGCCUUGGCAGUGGGGAAGAGAAGUUAGUCAGGAGAGAAAGGCGGUCCUGCCAGGCAAGCUGGCGGCUGUUUUCCAGCAUGCUCCCAUACAUUAUAGAAGCACUGUGUGAAUGCCAGAGUGGCUGUCCUGGAGCAAGCUCUUUGGUUUGUUGGGGCUGUGAAGGGAAUCCAGGCUGGCAGAGCUGGAGUGGGUUGAGGGCUAGAAUUCUGGGUGCUGUACAAAAUCAGGAGCACAUGCUAAGAAAAGGACAAGCCCGGGAGGCAAAGGGGCCUGAGACACCAGGAGCCUCUUAGACGCCCAGUGAAGAGCACCUAGAAAUGCACCUUUCCACAGUUAGGUCCUUCAAGCAAGAAGGAUCCAAAGGUUGGAUCCAGAUUCAGUCCUCCAGCGCUGAGGUUGCCCAAGCCAGAGAUUCCGGGAAAGGCGGUGCUCCACUUUCCUGUGUUUUUGAAGAAUGCUGCUUUUCUUCUCUUACCCCCUUCAAAUGGGUACAAACUUAUGUCUCUUACAGCAGCUGGAAGACAUUCCUUCUACACUGGUGUCUACACCCAGAAGGCACUAGGACCUGAUACUGGGAACAGCUUGGACUGUGCUGAGAGUAGGGAUGGUCAAUACCCUGCCUUCCUACGGUGGCUUUACCUCCCAUUCCCAAGCCAGGCAUGCUCUGGUGUUCACAGAUUUCACUGAGUCCAGCCGCAGUCUUUGGCCAUAUGGUACGUUGAGAACAGGAAGGGACCUGUUUACCUCCCCUGUUCUUCAGGAUGUCAUCUUGGGAACAAGGAAGAGAAGGUGGCGGGCCAACCCUUGUGUCCUCUACUCCCGCUCCCUUACAUUGUUCAUCAAGUGUCUCUUGUUCAGAAGUCGAGGAAGAGGCAUUGAGGGAUGGAGGUGAUUCUGUAUUACUUAUCCAUUUCUGAAUAAAUGUUUGUUAUUCCUAC